AUGGCCCCAAAGAAAGGAGUCAAAGUGGCUGCCAAGAAGAAGCCUGAGAAAGUGACAAACCCUCUGUUCGAGAGGCGUCCAAAGCAGUUUGGGAUCGGAGGAGCAUUGCCACCGAAAAAGGAUCUCACUCGGUACAUCAAAUGGCCUAAGUCGAUCCGUCUGCAGAGGCAGAAGCGUAUCCUGAAGCAGAGAUUGAAGGUCCCACCAGCACUUAACCAGUUCACUAAGACCCUUGACAAGAACUUGGCGACUUCUCUGUUCAAGCUCUUCCUCAAGUAUAGGCCUGAGGACAAAGCAGCCAAGAAGGAGCGUCUUAUCAAGAAGGCUCAGUCUGAGGCUGAGGGCAAACCUACUGAGUCGAAGAAGCCAAUUGUUGUCAAGUAUGGUCUUAACCAUGUGACCUACCUCAUUGAGCAGAACAAAGCGCAAUUGGUGGUGAUUGCUCAUGAUGUGGACCCUAUUGAGUUGGUUGUCUGGUUGCCUGCACUGUGCAGGAAAAUGGAAAUUCCUUACUGCAUUGUCAAGGGGAAAUCAAGAUUGGGAGCGAUUGUUCACCAGAAGACAGCGUCUUGCUUGUGUUUGACAACAGUGAAGAACGAGGACAAGAUGGAAUUCAGCAAAAUCCUCGAGGCCAUUAAGGCAAACUUCAACGACAAGUAUGAUGAGUACCGUAAGAAGUGGGGAGGUGGCAUUAUGGGAUCCAAAUCUCAGGCCAAGACUAAAGCCAAGGAGAGAGUUCUCGCCAAGGAAGCUGCUCAGAGAUUGAAUUAG